AUGGUUUACUUGGAUUUCAUUUCAGGGAGGAGGAUGGGCACCAACCUCUACUUUAGAGGGGAAAGAGUAUUCAACGCGGUGAUGCAAGAGUUGCUUCAAAUUAAAAGGGGAUGGGAAUGGCCGAAAAUCUCUGCAGGAGGGAUUGCAACUACUCUUCAUUGUGAUGCAUUUCGUGAACUUAUUCCCAAUGCUUGUAGAGUAAAAUGCUUAUCAGAUGCUGCAUAUUUUUUCCCUUCGAGAAGGUUCAAAGAUUGUGGAGACCUAUUUAUUCCAUUACUUCCAAGGAUUAAUCGCACAACAUGGAUCAGUGAAUUCAUUACCAAAAUCAUGCACAUCAAAAUUAUAUAUGUCCCUAUUCGUGUUUUUUCCCCGAAAAUGUGCAACAAGACAUCAAAACGCCUAUCUUUUUCCUGAUGUCUGCUUUUGAUCAGGUUCAGGUUAGAA